AUGGCAGUUCAGCACCCUCUUGAAUUAGCUAAUAAUGGUUCCUGUGAUGAUGAUGGCCAUCCACUAAGAACUGGAACCUUAUGGAGUGGUGUGGCUCAUAUCAUCACUGCUGUUAUUGGAUCUGGAGUUUUAUCUUUGGCAUGGAGUACUUCACAGCUAGGAUGGAUUGGAGGCCCAGUUGCCUUGCUUUGUUUUGCAAUUGUCACCUACGUUUCUUCCUUCCUCCUUUCAGAUUGUUACAGGUCUCCUGACCCUGUAACCGGAACUCGAAACAAAUGUUACAUGGAUGCUGUCAAAGUGAACCUCAAUAGUAGAAAACAGUCCUGGUUUUGUGGUUUCCUUCUAUAUUUCAGCAUGUAUGGAACUGGUAUUGCCUAUGUGAUUACCACUGCAACCAGUAUGAGAGCUAUUCAGAGGUCAAACUGCUAUCACAAAGAAGGGCAUCAGGCUUCAUGUGAAUAUGGGACUAGUAUAUAUAUGCUGCUAUUUGGACUUUUCCAGAUUGUAGUGUCACAAAUACCAGAUUUCCAUAACAUGGAGUGGCUUUCAACUAUUGCAGCAAUCAUGUCCUUUACCUAUGCUUCUAUUGGACUUGGCCUUGGCUUCGCAAAAGUAAUAGAAAAUGGCAGGAUUCAGGGGAGCCUGGGAGGAGUUCCAACCUCUAAUUUUGCUGAUAAAUUAUGGUUAGCCUUCCAAGCACUUGGAGAUAUUGCUUUUGCGUAUCCAUACUCCAUUAUUCUUCUUGAGAUUCAGGAUACUUUGAAGUCCCCUCCAGCAGAAAACAAGACAAUGAAGAAGGCCUCAAUGGUUGCCAUCUUUGUCACAACCUUUUUCUACCUCUGCUGUGGAUGCUUUGGCUAUGCCGCCUUUGGGAAUGACACGCCAGGGAACCUCUUAACAGGAUUUGGAUUUUAUGAACCUUACUGGCUCAUCGAUUUUGCUAAUGCUUGCAUUGUUCUUCAUUUGGUGGGAGGAUAUCAGGUCUUCAGCCAACCAGUAUUUGCAGUUGCUGAGAGAUGGUUUAGCAAGAAAUAUCCCGACAGCGGAUUUGUGAACAACUUUUACUCCAUCAAAGUCCCAUUGUUGCCAAGGUUUCAAGCGAACCCCUUCAGGCUAUGUUUCCGAACUGUUUAUGUUGUGUCAACUACUGGGAUUGCAAUGUUGUUUCCUUAUUUCAACCAAGUGUUGGGAGUGUUAGGGGCCUUGAACUUUUGGCCUUUGGCUAUAUAUUUCCCUGUAGAAAUGUACUUUGUGCAAAAGAAAAUUGUGUCCUGGACAAGAAAAUGGAUUGUUUUAAAGGCAUUCAGUUUAGUUUGCUUUCUUGUCACAGUUGUGGGGGUUAUUGGAUCAGUUCAAGGACUUAUAAGUGCCAAACUUAGCUAG